AUGCCUUCGGUUGUUGAAACCGCCUCGCCUCAUCUGCGGGUGUCCGCGGCCAAGGCCUCAUCCUCAGCGACCACUGGGACCACCGAGCCCACCUCCGCCAGAAUCACGCCGCCAGAGACCUCCUCGGUCGAAGACCACUUCUUUUGGACAUACACAGAGGAACCGCACCGUUCAAGGCGCCAGGCGAUUAUCAAGGCCCAUCCAGAGGUUACCAAACUCUGCGGACCAGAACCUCUUACAAAAUGGGUCGUUCUUCUUGUCGUAUCCAUCCAGCUCUCUUGCGCAUACCUCCUUCGCAAUACCUCCAUCCUUGACUGGCGAUUUCUGGCUACCGCAUACGUGGUUGGGGCCACCUCAAACCAGAACCUCUUCCUCGCCAUCCACGAGAUCUCUCACAAUUUGGCAUUCCGUUCGCCAAUGGCCAAUCGUCUGCUGGCUAUCUUCGCGAACCUCCCUAUCGGUCUGCCCUAUAGUGCUGCUUUCCGACCAUACCACCUGACACACCAUAAAUCCCUCGGCGUGACUGGUCUCGACACCGAUCUUCCUACCGCACUUGAAGCUUUCUUUCUCAACUCCCUUUUGGGCAAGACAUUCUUCUGCACCUUCCAGAUCCUCUUCUACGCGGUGCGCCCUAUGUUCAUCUAUAGCCCACCGUUCACCUCAAUCCACCUGCUCAACCUCUUCGUGCAACUGAGCUUUGAUUAUGCCCUUACUCGAUUCACCGGGUCUUUUCAGCCGUUCUACUACCUCAUUGCCAGCUCCUUCCUCGCGGGAUCUCUACACCCCUGUGCGGGACACUUCAUCGCCGAGCAUUAUUUCUUCUCGAAUGUGAAGACCGGCGGCACAGAGUCCCUUCUGGAGCUGAAGCAGAAGCCCGGCACCAAGGUCGACGCUUCCCACCCGCUGAGCUCCCUAGCCCCGCCGGAGACAUACUCCUACUACGGGCCUCUCAACAUCCUGACGUACAAUGUGGGUUUGCACAAUGAGCACCAUGACUUCCCGGCCAUCCCCUGGACCAGACUGCACCAGCUGCACUCGGUGGCGAAAGAAUUCUACGAGCCCCUACCCUGCCAUCGCAGCUGGGUUUGGGUGAUUUGGACAUUCAUCCUGGACAAGAAUGUUGGCCCGUGGUGCCGUGUGAAGCGUGCCCAGGGCGGACGUGUUGUUGGUGGUGGCAGCACUAAGUCUAAGACGUCCACUGGGCGUGGGGGAGAGGGCAUCUCAGCUGCGUCGGCAGGUCCGGACGGCGAGGAGGGUGACGGGUGGAAGGAGAGCGAGAUCCAAUGCUAG